UGCUUCCAUUUGAUUAGUGCCCUAGAAAUUGUGCAGCAUCUGAAUUAUUUCACAUUAAAUUCACAUCAUGCAUCUGCACUUUUAUCUUUACAUUUUAAAAUCCUAAAACUUUUUUUUUUUUUUUUUUUUUUAACUAAAAAAGCACUGAUUUUCAAUGCGAUCUAACACUUUUUGUAGCCAACUGUGAAGGCCAAAUAUUUGACAUUUAUCGAUGCUCAUCACAAUGACCCUGCAUGCGCGCGGCUGUUCUCAUUGCUGUUGCAUUUCUGACAGCACGCAAUAUGCGAACAGCGCAGCACGGACAGUGUAACGUGAAGCGUUAGUCCCCAUCCACGCUGACGCGGGACUCCAGCCCGGUUGUUGCGGCAUCAGCGGUAGGAGGAGAUACAGAGGGGAUACAGGGACUCCUGCAGGCUGAUUUCAGCAGCUCAGCACUCGCAGGUGGAGACGCGCACCGAUCCGGAGCUUCGUCUGAGACCCGAGCGCGCGCGCACUCACUCACUCACUCACUCACUCUCUCGCCCAAAUUAAUAAAUAAAAUAAUUAAUACAGCGAGCUCGUGUUCAAACCAACUACAAUGAGAGCAAAUCUGUCGCAGUCAGUCCAAUCCUCAUAUGACUCCCAGCCAUUUAAAAUUUGAUGAGCAGUUUUUGGAGAGCUCCUUGGAUUGAUCCCAGUGUUUUCCAGUCAUGAAGAACAGGAGGGAAUAUGUGGAAUACUGGAGCGCGAUUAUAGUGGGUCUCUUCUGGAUUCACAGCUCUUUCGGGAUGCCCCAUGUCAUACGGAUAGGGGGGAUUUUUGAACAAAUGGAUGGACCUGUGGCACUCGUCAGCUCAGAGGAACUGGCCUUCAAAUUCGCUGUUAAUAACAUCAACAGAAACAGGACGUUAUUGCCCAACACAACGUUAACAUAUGACAUUCAGAGGAUUAAUAUCUAUGAUAGCUUUGAGGCCUCCAGAAAAGCGUGUGACCAGCUGUCUUUAGGUGUCGUUGCCAUAUUCGGGCCGUCUCAUAGCUCCUCAUCGAAUGCUGUACAGUCUAUCUGCAAUGCCCUGGAGGUGCCACACAUUCAAGUGCGAUGGAAACACCACCCCAUGGACAACAGGGAUUCAUUUUAUGCCAACCUGUACCCAGAUUACUCUUCUCUGAGCUACGCUAUCUUAGACCUGGUGCAGUUCCUCAAGUGGAAGACAGCCACCGUGGUUUAUGAUGACAGCACAGGUUUAAUCAGACUCCAGGAGUUAAUUAUGGCUCCAUCCAGGUAUAACAUCAGGCUGAAGAUCCGACAGCUCCCUCUGGACACCACGGACACCAGACCUCUGCUCAAAGAGAUGAAAAGGAGCAGAGAGUUUCGCAUUAUUUUCGACUGCAGCCACAUAAUGGCUGCCCAGAUCCUCAAGCAAGCCCAGAUGAUGGGGAUGAUGACAGAGUACUAUCACUACAUCUUCACCACUCUGGACCUCAUGGCCAUAAACCUGGAGCCGUACCGCUUCUGUGGCGUCAAUAUGACCGGCUUCCGCAUCCUAAACGUGGACAAUCCUCAGGUUGCCUCUAUUGUGGAGAAAUGGUCCCUUGAGAGGCAGAUUCCCCCAAAACCAGACUCCGGUCUCCUGGAAGGGAUCAUGACGACAGAUGCUGCUCUGACGUACGACGCUGUCCACAUCGUGUCGGUCUCGUACCAGCAUGCACCGCAGAUGACUGUCAACUCAUUGCAGUGUCAUCGUCACAAACCCUGGAGGUUCGGAGGACGCUUCAUGAGUUUCAUUAAAGAGUCUCACUGGGACGGUCUGACGGGACGGCUGUGCUUCAACAGAACUACGGGUCUGCGCACCGACUUUGAUCUUGACAUUGUGAGUCUCAAGGAGGAUGGCCUUCAAAAGGUGGGGAAGUGGAGUGCUUCUGGGGGGCUCAACAUCACCGAGGUCCCCAGACAGAACGGCAUGAACAUCACAGACUCGCUUUCCAACCGCUCGCUGGUCAUCACCACCAUCCUGGAGGAGCCAUAUGUCAUGCUUAAGAAGUCUGAUAAGGCACUCGUCGGCAAUGACCGCUUUGAGGGCUUCUGUGUUGACCUGCUUAAGGAGUUGGCCAGCAUUCUGGGUUUUUCCUACGAGAUCCACCUUGUGCAGGAUGGAAAGUAUGGGUUUCAAGAUGAUAAAGGCCAGUGGAAUGGGAUGAUAAAGGAACUCAUGGAACACAGGGCUGACCUUGCUGUGGCUCCUCUCACAAUCACCUUUAUGCGGGAGAAAGCUAUUGACUUCUCCAAACCUUUCUUGAACACCGGCAUCAGUAUCCUGUACCGUAGACCCAACAGCACCAACUCUGGCUUCUUCUCUUUCCUGAACCCCAUGACCCCUGAUAUCUGGGUCUACAUCCUGUUGGCCUACCUGGGAGUGAGCUGUGUGCUCUUCGUCAUCGCCAGGUUCAGCCCGUACGAGUGGUAUGACGCCCAUCCGUGUAACCCAGGCUCUGAUGUGGUAGAAAACAACUUCACCCUUCUCAACAGCUUCUGGUUUGGCGUGGGCUCCCUCAUGCAGCAAGGUUCAGAACUGAUGCCUAAAGCUCUCUCCACUCGAAUCAUCGGAGGAAUCUGGUGGUUCUUCACCCUCAUCAUCAUCUCCUCCUACACAGCCAACCUGGCGGCCUUCCUCACCGUCGAGAGGAUGGAUUCGCCUGUGGACUCAGCUGAUGAUCUGGCCAAACAGACCAAAAUAGAGUAUGGUGUAGUCAAAGAUGGAGCUACAAUGUCCUUCUUUAAGAAAUCAAGAGUGUCUACAUUUGAGAAGAUGUGGGCUUUCAUGAGCAGCAGACAGAGCACGUCGUUCGUCAAGUCCAUUGAAGAUGGGAUUCAGAGAGUGUUAAAGUCAGACUACGCCCUGCUUAUGGAGUCAACGACCAUUGAGUAUGUGACGCGCAGAAACUGCAAUCUCACGCAGGUCGGCGGCAUCAUCGACAGUAAAGGUUACGGCAUCGGAACCCCGAAAGGCUCGCCGUACAGGGAUAAAAUCACAAUUGCUAUCCUCGGCAUCCUGGAAGAUGGCCGUCUUCACAUGCUCAAGGAGAAGUGGUGGAGCGGCAGCAGCUGUCUGGAGGAUGAGCGGUAUGAGACGGGUCCCAUGGGCAUCCAGAACCUGGGCGGCAUCUUCAUUGUGUUGGCAUCUGGUCUGGUGCUGUCGGUGUUUGUGGCUAUAGGAGAGUUCAUCUACAAACUGCGAAAAACUGUAGAGCGUGAACAGGUCUUUCUGCAGUGCGGUGAUGGAAGAGAUCAGACUGUCGUUCACGUGCGAGAGACGGGUGAAACACAAGCCCCACCGCCCGCCGCCAGCCAUGGUGAAGACGGACGCAGUGAUCAACAUACACUCCUUCAACGACCGUCGCCUGCCAGGAAAGGACAACAUGAGCUGCAACACCGCAAUGACGCCCGUGUUUCCAUGACUUGCCUGGGCGACGGCCAGCUGAGGCACGUCCCCGGCGCCGUGCCGGAGAGCAGGGACUACGGCUCCGAGAUGAUUACGGCAUUCACCAUCAACCGCAGAGACAUCCGACACCAAAUGGCCAGUCAGAACGGUGGCAGUAGCAGCAAACCAGGUAGUGACCACAUCCUCAAACCAAUGUAUCCCACCAUGCCAUUGCGAGAGGGAGGCCGAUCGGUAUCCUUCCUGUGAGAGCCAACCACGUCUGCGAAACUAUCCGCGCCCGAGUCUGAUGUUUACAAGCGGCACUCAAAAGACUCGAAGGAGCCCCCCGAUCAAAUGAAAAUAUAUGUUUCUCACUGGAACAAAGUGAAAAAGCGGAAAAGAGGCUUUUUUGGAGCAUGGCAAUAAAUGAACAGACGCGAAUGGGAGUAGUUUUCUUAGAGUAUCAUUUAUAGCACAUCAAAUUAAUUUCGAAGAGUUCUGACGAUUUAUCCUUUGAUUUCGUCAAAAUGCUGUGGCGUUUUGGUGGGGGCGGCAAAACAAACGUCUCUGUGAAUGCGAUGUACAUUACAGGUAUGCGUCGGACCGUAGGAACAGUUUAGUUUAAUACGCUGUGACCUGCUAGAAUAGUAGAAAACCCUUAGACUGCAAGUUCCCGAAGGCUACAGAGAGUGUAGCGGCAUCCUUUGCUCACGGAAAUGCACAAAUAAACAGGGUUGAUUUCAUUGGAGCCACCUAAACAAAUUGAAAAAUGAGUAACAAUUCUGUACGGCAGUUUUGAGCAAGACUUGCAGCCAUUUUGAUUUAUUUCGUGCUUCACACAUUGCCAGCAGAUGUUUUUUUUUUUUUUUUUUUUUUUUUUAAACACAGCGAGAUCUAAUGGUAAUGACGGAUAAACACAAGAGUUGCCAAAGAUCUGUCGUCCAAAUGGAUUUAGACACUUGAAACGCAGCUUCCCCUACAGACAAGAGAGCGAGUGACACUUUGCCUCCGCUGUGUUUGUUAAAUGAGUUAUUCCUGAGAAUCACAGAAGAAUACUCACUUCACACGGUACGUACAGAGGAAUCAACACAAAACACAGAGCUUGCCAUAUGGUGAAGAGCUAAUACAAAGGAAACAAAACCGUUUUAAGACAUACAUGAGCGAGAAUGUCUCUCGCCAUGUAUCUGUUCAGCUACGAUUAUAUUGGCUUUUGCCAUCUGCAUCUGCUAUGUCAACUUGUUUGAAGUUCAGAGUUUAUAGAUGGUGUGGCCUACGUCAAAACAUUAAAUCAGAAAACAUCUGGGUGUUUUAUUACUAUCAUUCCAUCUUCCACUCUUGUUGUUGUCAGAUUUAUAGCAAAAAGCAUACAUUACUAAAAACAAACUCAAUAUAUUUGCUUAAAGGGGACCUAUCAUGCAAAUGUCACUUCUAUAAGUUGUUUGAACACCGAUGUGUGUCUGCAGUGUGUGUAAACAACCAGCCUAUAAUGGACAAAUCCACCCACUCCUUUUUUUUAUAAUUCCCAUAAAUCAGAAGCAGUCUCUUCAAACGAGCUGAUUCAGUUUCUCCCCUACAAUGACAUCUUCGUAGGGAGAAGCCCCACCCACAACCGGUGACGAUCUGCCCUAUUAGCAUAGACACACCCCUGAGUGAGAAGCACAGAGUCCGCCAUUUUUGUAUCCUCUCUGUAGCAGCUGGAGUUGUACAGUGUACAAAGAGGCAUACAAGUGUUGUGUUUUGGGAUGUACCAAUGAACAUAAGAGUCUCCAUAGACUCCCGAGUCACUGAGGACAUCGUGGUUAAAUUUCAUUUUUGAAAGAAAUGUCUCGAAGAAACUAGGUGAAGUCUUGUACUUUUGUGGCAAUCAUUUUACGCUGGACUGCUUCACAAACGUUCAAUGCUUGAUUUUCACAAAGGUUGAUUCUGAAAGAUGGGUCAAUACCAACACUUUGUGCUUAAACUUCAGAUUCAGAACUGAUGCUGCUCAUGUCCUGUCAGAAUUAUUGUAAACAAGAGUUUCCUAGUUAAAAAUCGCACAUGAACGCCCUUUCUGACAUUUUUGGUGCGUGAGAUUGUCCUAUUUUGUUGUUGCCAGUAUGCCGGAGCAUGAGUUUCCUCUUCUGGAAAGGGGGCCGGGAGCAGCAGCUCAUUUGCAUUUAAAAGGACCCACUCAAAAAGGGUGCAUUUGGGUCACACCCAAAAAGUGGCAAUUUUAACGUGCUAUAAUAUAUUAUCUGUGAGCUAUUUUGAGCUGAAACUUCACAUACACAUUCUGGGGACACCAGAGACUUAUUUUACAUCUUGUGAAAAGGGGCAUAAUAGGUCCCCUUUAAAGGAAUACUUCACCCAAAUCCUUCACCUACUCACCUAUUCACUCACAUAUAGUUUCAAAACCUGUGAUAUUUUCUCUUCCUUGAGACACAAAAUGAGAUGUUAGGCAGAAUAUCCAAGCUGCACUUUUCCAUACAAUGAAAGCUGAUGGUGAUUUAAACUGACAAACGUUAAACAAGGAUAAAAAGCAUUGUAAAAGUAGUCCAAGAUUAGAUGUCAAAACCUGGCUCUGCCCUGACUGAGAGAAAGACUGUAGCUAUCAUGAAGAUUCAGCAAAACUCAGUAUGUGUAUAUAAUGUACUAAUGUACUAAUUUUAUGGUGCCUUUAUUGUUAUUUUUGGUGUUUGUCAAUAUAAAUCACCACCUGCUUUUGUUGCAUGGAAAAGAGUAGCUCAGACAUUCUGGCUAAAAUGUCGUUUUGUUUUUCACAGAAGAAAGAAAAUUAUAAUUAUACCUGAGGGUUAGCAGGUGCUGACAAAAUGUUCAUUUGUGGGUGAAUCGCCUUAAUGGAAUUACGAAUCGGCCGAAUGGAAAGUUAAUUUGAAGUAAUGCUUGUACUCUGCUUAUUAUUUUGUAUAAUCAUUUGUAAUUUUUUUGUCUAAAUCUUGGCCAUGUGAUCGUCAGAAGCUGAAGGUGAUUCCAUUGAUAAUAUGGGUGAUAUUUCAACAUUUCUCAUAUUCAUUCUGCAUUCUGUUCUCUUUAUGUAUCUGAACUUGACGUUAAGAUCUCAGAUGAUCAGGACGUCAGGGGGAAGAGGGUAAAAGACUUUCACAUUUGCAUAUUUGAGUCUUAAUCCAAUAAAGAGAGUCAACAAAGACGGCUACAGUCAAUUGCAAUACAAGCAUGUUAAACAUCAAAACUGCAAUACAGAUGUACGGUACUGGACCCUCUCAUCCCAGAACGUGGCAAAUUUUCAGACGAUCAUUUAGUGACAGUUCAUAGGUAGUUGAAAUACAUCCGUGACGGUUUUCCAUGUGUUGUCUACAUGUGGGAAACCCUACUAAGCGUUCUCAUGAUGAGGUGUAGGUGCUAAGAGUCUUCACCCGCUGUCCGCCCGCGGCAGCUCGACCAAUCACAGGCCUCCGUGAGGUCAACCUAACGGACAGUGUCGAAAACAAAAGCAAAAACAAGAGAAAAAAAAAAAAAAGCAUUUUUGUGUUUUUAUGGUGAAUUAUGUAUCGACCAGAAUAACUUCAUGUGACUCGAUGUUUCUUUGGUGAAAGCUCAUUGUAUAUGUGUUAUUCAAAUUCUGUGUAAUUUUAACACUCUCUUGCAAAGUAGGGUAUAUAUUAGAUGAACAGAAAAUUACUGUAUUUUGCUAAAUACCGAUGAUUUUUACCUGUAUUUUUUUCCUCAGCUCUUCUCUUCUUGAUAAUUUGUGCAAUGCUGUAUCGAGUGUGAUACAUGCAUAUUGUAAUAUACUCUCAAGAAACAAUUCAAAUGGAUCUAAAGAACAAUAAUUUAAAGUCCCAGGCCCAAAUUCCAGCACAUUCAGUUCCAUUGUUGGAAGGAGUUGAUAGUAAAACUGAGUGAUGUGUGUGAGACCUCCAGAUAUUCUGCAACAUAAUGUACUCAUAUCAGAUGUAUAUAAAUAAGACGUAUAACAGAAUAUUCAGAGAAGAAUAUGAUGACCGAUUCCGUGUCAUUUCUAUCGCUUUCCAUGAACACUCAUCAUGGAUAUUUAGCUUAUUUAUUUUUCCUUUAUUCCUCCCAGAAUGUUCAAAUGGCUUGAUAGAUUGUGUAGAGAUUUCUACAUUGUCAAAUCUACGUCUAAUCACUUGCUUAUUCUUCAGUGCAAAUAUAUCAUAGUGCAAUUCUUGUUUCUUUUAACAAGUUGACUAAAUACAAUGUUACAAAACAGACCCCUAAAGGAAGGUACAUCAUUAAGAAUAAAGAGUCAAAUCAAAUGUUAAAACUUAAAAGAAUAUUUCCCCAAAAAUGAAACUUGUCAUUAUUUACUCAUUCACUUUUUCUUCAGAACCCCUUGUUUUUGGUGGAACACAAAAGGAGAAUGUUUACUCAGCUCUUUUCCCCAUACAACGCAAAGAAAAGCUCUUGGAACUUGGGCACAAUAACGACACACAACGACUCAAAUUUCGGCCCUCAUACAAAGUUAUCAAAUGACUUCAGAGUUUACAUCUCGCAAUUCUGCAGAUAUAAAGUCGUAAUUGCGAGUUAUGAAGUCAGAAUUGCGAGAUGUGAACUCGCAAUUGAGAGAAAAAAAGUCAGAAUUGUGAGAUGAAAAGUCAGAAUUUUGAGUUUAUCUCGCAAUUCUGACUUUUUUUCUCGAAAUUGUGAGAUAUAUUCUCAGAUAAUUGUGAAAUAAGUCUAAUUAUGAGGGAAAAAAGACUGAAUCUUUUUCUCAGAAUUGCGACUUUAUAUAAUGCAAUUUGUAGAAAAGAGUCAGAAUUUGGAGAUAUAAACUCGCAUUUGUGACAAAAAAGUCAGAAUUUUGAGUUUAUCUCGCAAUUCAGACUUUUUUUCAGAAUUGUGAGAUAUAUUCUUAGAUAAUUGUGAAAUAACUCCACUUCUGAGGGGGAAAAAGACUCUUUUUCUCAGAAUAGCGACUUUAUAUCUCACAAUUCGGACUUUAUAAGAUGCAACUGUAUCUUUAUAUCACGCAAUUCUGUGAAAAAAAAGUAAGAAUUGCGAGAUUUAAUUUAUUUUUAUCCCAUGACGGAAACAAGCUUCCAUACAAAUGAGUAUUUGACAAUGAAUAUGAAGCUUUUAAUGUAAAAUAUUGAAAUAAUUAUUAAUGAUAUAUUCAAAAUAUUUACAUAAGAGCUUUAGAAUUAAUAUAAAAUGACUAUGCUUACAUGUUUUCUUUUAAGUUUGCUGUGAACCUAUAUAAAUGAACUAAAUAAAUUCAGUUGAUUUACUUUAAUAUAUUCGUACAGCAUUGAUAUAGUCUUUCAGCUGUUUUCUCAACAGCAGCAGCGUUUCCUCCUGCUUGUGUUUAAAUUUUGAUGUUUCAUAAUGACCUCUUCAUCUUCCACACAGAAGUGACUCUCUCAUGAGAAGUGAAUCAAACUGACUCUCUCCAUGUUUCAUGUGAUUGAAUGUUCACUGAAGAGUCACUUAAAUUUCAUAAACUCUGGAGUUGACAGAACAUUUAUAUCAAACAUUAGAUUUGUUUGGUUUUGUCAACUUUAAACCUACUCUGAAACUCAAUUUGUUCAAGUAGCUUUGUGCAACUGGCCUCUGGACUACCUUUGAAACAUUUACUUUGUUUUUCUCUUUUUGGAUUUUGACAGACAUGGCCAUUGUCCGCUUUUGUUGUAUAUGGAAAAGAGCUGAUAUUUUCAAACCAUUAUAAGGUUAUUAAAUAAUGACAAAAUAUUCAGUUUUGGGUGAACUACACUUGUACUUUCAACUAGGCGAUGUCAUCUUGUGUGUAGCACUUUGAGGAUGUUGUUGGAAAAUACAUAAUAGACAGCAAAAUUAUUAUUGAAUCGGAUUAAUCAUAUAUUUACACUGUGACACAUUAAUUGUAACUAAUGACUUAGUAUCAUUUGCAGCAACACAGAGUGAAGACCAUGUUUAUCACACAUGCCUUCAUAUCUAACUCAUGAAAAACCAUGAAGUUCUCAUUUCUAUCUGUAUGAAAAGCAUUACAUUGAUCAUUUACUUUGGGUUUUGGAUCAAUCAAUCCUAUUUACGGAGCAUAAACAUCUAUUUUAUAAAAAGAAUGAAGAAACAAUGUGAACAUUGCUGUUUUACAAAAUUGUAUGAAACAAAAAGAAAAUAAAAUUAAAUAAACUUUUACAAAUCUUA